AUGCUGUCUUCUCCCCUCUCCCCCGCCCUCCUCUUCCUCCUCGCCCUCCCCUCUACCCAUGCCUUCCCUGCACAGAAGCAUGGCUUCCAACACGAACCCAUCGCACCCGCCGCCCGGUUAGUCGAACGUCAAGACCCUGGCAGCGGCCUGGUCGACACCUGUAAUCUGUGCCCUGCGAUCCGCAGACUUGCCAACUUCAUCCCACCUGAAGUUCAACAACAAGCCGACGCCGUAAACAACCAGCUUAGGGACUUGAUACAAUCUCUAGGACCUCAGAUCCCUGGCGGACUACCUACUGGUCUUCCCACAGUGGAUCUGGUCAGUGGGAUACCUAUACCCCUACCAACGAAUAUUUUGUCUCAGCUGCCAUUGCCCACUGCUUUCCCUCUGCCUACAAAUUUGGUGCCUGAGAUCCUCUCCGGUCUACCAACCGAUCUAGUGCCUGGAAUCCUUUCCGCUCUGCCAACAGCCCUCCCCACUGAAAUUCUAUCCGUUUUACCCACGGAUCUGAUCCCUGAAAUCCUCUCUGGUCUACCAACAGCUCUCCCAACGGAAAUUCUUUCCGCUCUCCCAACGGAUCUUAUCCCUGAAAUCCUUUCAGGUCUACCAACGGCUCUCCCCACAGAGCUCCUGUCAGCGUUACCCACAGACCUGAUACCUGGAAUUCUCUCUGGUCUACCCACGGAUGUCCCCCUCCCUACCAACAUCGUGCCCGAGAUUCUUUCGGCGAUACCUACAGAUCUGCUGCCUGGAGUCCUUUCUGCUCUACCAACUGAUCUAGUGCCGGAAAUUCUCUCAGGUCUACCAACAGCUCUCCCUACAGAAAUCCUAUCUGCGCUACCCACUGAUUUGAUUCCCGAGAUUCUCUCUGGUCUGCCAACCGCCCUACCUACCGAGAUACUAUCUGCUCUACCGACGGACUUGAUUCCUGAAGUCCUGUCUGGUCUAGCCACAGCUCUACCCACGGACUUGAUUCCUGAGAUUCUCUCAGGUCUACCAACAGCUCUCCCUACAGAAAUCCUAUCUGCGCUACCCACUGAUUUGAUUCCUGAGAUUCUCUCUGGUCUGCCAACCGCCCUACCUACCGAGAUACUAUCUGCUCUACCGACGGACUUGAUUCCUGAAGUCCUGUCUGGUCUAGCCACAGCUCUACCCACUGAUUUGAUUCCCGAGAUUCUCUCUGGUCUGCCAACCGCCCUACCUACCGAGAUACUAUCUGCUCUACCGACGGACUUGAUUCCUGAAGUCCUGUCUGGUCUAGCCACAGCUCUACCCACAGACUUGAUUCCUGAGAUUCUCUCAGGUCUACCAACAGCUCUCCCUACAGAAAUCCUAUCUGCGCUACCCACUGAUUUGAUUCCUGAGAUUCUCUCUGGUCUGCCAACCGCCCUACCUACCGAGAUACUAUCUGCUCUACCCACGGACUUGAUUCCCGAAAUUCUUUCAGCUAUACCAACUGAUCUGGUGCCUGAAAUUCUCUCUGCAUUACCUACAGCCCUCCCCACUAAUAUAGUGCCCGAGAUACUUUCCGCAUUGCCUACAGACCUGGUACCUGGGGUCCUGUCCGCAUUGCCUACGAAUCUGCUGCCUGGUGUGAUAUCAGCACUACCUUCGCAGCUCCCCACAGACUUACUUCCAGGAGUUAUCUCAGCCAUUCCUACAGAUCUCUUGCCUGGCAUCCUCUCUGGUGUACCGACCGGUCCUCCAAUCACUUUACCUACAGCGUUUCCCAGCAACCUUCCUAGUCUACCUAACAUACUACCGCCUCCUGAUUUGAACCCGGUCGAGGGAAUCCUCUCGGCCCUGCCUGGCGUUAUCCCCUCUUUAGUCAGUGGCCUCGGUCUCACGGGCUUGCUUCCCAGCGCUCUUCCCACAGGCAUCCCUAGUAUUCUUCCCACUGCGCCAAUUCUCCCAGGUCUCCCCAACAUUCUACCUACUGCGCCGAAUCUACCCCUCCCAACUGGCCCAAUACUCCCAGGCCUCCCCAACAUUCUACCCACAGCGCCGAUUCUACCCCUCCCAACUGGCCCAAUACUCCCAGGCCUCCCCAACAUUCUACCCACAGCGCCGAUUCUACCCCUCCCAACUGCGCCGGUCAUUUCAGCUCUCACGAACAUUCUCCCUACUGCGCCGAUUCUACCCCUCCCAACUGGCCCAAUACUCCCAGGCCUCCCCAACAUUCUACCCACAGCGCCGAUUCUACCUCUCCCAACAGCGCCAGUCAUUUCGGGACUCCCAAAUAUUCUACCCACAGCGCCAAUUCUUCCAGGCCUUCCAGGACUCCCUGGACUCACCGUCCCCACAACCACAAUCAAACCCCCAACAACCACAAUCAGACCCCCGACGCCAGUCUUCCCCACGACCACAUCGAAACCUCUAAUAACCCUACGCGCAAGCGUGCUAGCCACAGGAACCGUUGCCGACAACGUCUACACCUACUCCUUCUACAGCUCCGGCAUUGUGCAAAUCAACAACGCCUUCCUUUCGCCUAAGCAAGGCACGCUGUCCGGGUUCCUCGAUAACAGGACCUUUGCGGCCCUGUUGGCGGAUGGAUUGCAUAUUGGGCGCCAUAUUGUGCCUUACCCCAUUGGAUUCUUGAGUCUCUUGGCGGGCAUCCAGUUGCCGAUUAGUGUGCCCGGCUUGUUGGAUGUGGUUGAUGACGAAUGA